CGCGGGGGCGUUUCCGGCUGCGGUGGGGGCUGCUCUCUGUCUGUGGAGGUGGGCGUGAAGCUCCUCGGUGGUGUUUUGGCGUGUGGGAUCGGCUUGGGGUGGUGUGCGGUGCAGGCGGCGGCCGACGGCGGGGAGUGACAUCACAUCUGAAACAUGGCUAUGGAUUGGCUGGGUAGUAUUGUGUCCAUCAACUGUGGAGAUAGCCUAGGUGUCUAUCAGGGAAGAGUGUCAGCAGUGGAUCAGAUCAGCCAGACCAUCUCUCUCACUCGGCCCUUCCACAAUGGAGUGAAGUGUCUUGUGCCAGAAGUCACCUUUCGGGCAGGUGAUAUUACAGAAUUAAAAAUUCUGGAGAUACCAGGUCCUGGAGACAACCAGCAAUUUGGAGACCUUCAUCAGACAGAAUUAGGCCCUUCUGGUGUUGGGUACCAAAAUAUCAGUCAGAAUGGUACAGGCAAGAUGGUCAAGAAGCCAGCCUCUUCCAGUAGUGCCCCUCAGAACAUCCCUAAGAGGACAGAUGUGAAGAGCCAGGAUGUUGCCGUUUCUCCUCAGCAGCAGCAGUGCUCAAAGAGUUACGUGGACAGGCACAUGGAACCCUUGAGUCAGUCCAAAAGCUUCCGGCGGCGGCACAACUCUUGGUCAUCUAGUAGCAGGCACCCAAACCAGGCUACCCCAAAGAAAAGUGGGUUGAAAAACGGCCAAAUGAAGAAUAAAGAUGACGAGUGCUUUGGAGACGAUAUCGAGGAGAUCCCAGACACAGAUUUUGACUUUGAGGGGAACCUGGCCCUCUUUGACAAAGCAGCUGUGUUUGAGGAGAUUGACACCUAUGAGAGGAGAAGUGGUACCCGUUCUCGUGCUGUCCCAAAUGAACGUCCCGCUAGGUACCGCCAUGAUGAAAACAUCCUGGAAUCCGAGCCUAUUGUCUACCGUAGGAUCACAGUACCACACGGUGUGAGCAAGGAAUUCUGCACUGACUCUGGCCUGGUGGUCCCAAGUGUUUCCUAUGAGCUACAUAAAAAGCUCUUGUCUGUGGCUGAGAAGCAUGGUCUGACCUUAGAGCGGAGACUUGAGAUGACUGGUGUGUGCGCCAGUCAGAUGGCACUGACUCUCCUCGGAGGACCUAACAGGUUGAACCCUAAGAAUGUUCACCAGAGGCCUACAGUAGCCCUGCUGUGUGGGCCCCAUGUGAAGGGUGCUCAGGGUAUCAGUUGUGGGAGGCACCUAGCCAACCAUGAUGUGCAAGUCAUCCUCUUCCUGCCCAACUUCGUCAAGAUGCUGGAGUCUAUCACCAAUGAACUGUCUCUCUUCAGCAAGACUCAAGGCCAGCAGGUGUCUAGCCUAAGAGAUCUCCCUACUAGCCCUGUGGACCUGGUUAUCAACUGCCUGGAUUGCCCCGAGAACGCCUUCCUGCGGGAUCAGCCCUGGUACAAGGCAGCUGUGGCCUGGGCCAACCAGAACCGGGCACCAGUGCUCAGCAUAGAUCCUCCUGUGCAUGAAGUUGAACAGGGCAUUGAUGCCAAAUGGUCCCUGGCACUGGGCCUGCCUCUGCCACUGGGGGAGCAUGCAGGCCGAGUCUAUUUGUGUGACAUUGGCAUUCCCCAGCAGGUCUUCCAAGAGGUUGGCAUCAACUACCACUCACCCUUCGGCUGCAAGUUUGUCAUUCCCCUGCACUCUGCUUAGAGGGGCUCCUGCAGCUGGACCCUGCAUUCUCCUGCACUCCUGCCUCCAAACCUGACAACGGACGCCUUAAGGAUGUGAAGCUUUGUGGACCUUGUGGAGUAUCUUUUGGGUUUGUUUUUUCUGUGAGAGAA